AUGACCCGUCCGACUCUGUCAGGUCGUCUAGCACGUUGGUCCAUGAUUUUACUGCAGUUUGACAUUACCUUUGUCCCUCAGCGGGCCGUCAAAGGACAGGCACUAGUUGAUUUCCCUGCUUCUCACCCGAUCCCUGCAGAUUCUCCACUUAAUGAUGAUUUGUCCGAUGAAUUAGUCAUGAGUGUGGAAGAGCAGGAGUCCCCUACUUGGGAGUUUUACUUUGAUGGAGCCUCUUCUAUCAAAUCACUGCGACCUUAUGAAACUCCUGUAGUUAGGGUAGGUUUGGGGCUUAUUUUUGUGUCUCCUGAAGGUCACACCCUUCGUUACUCCUACAGUCUUUCAGAGCCUCGUACUAAUAAUGAAGAUGAGUACGAAGCCCUAAUUGUAGGACUUGAGUUGGAUAUUCAGAUGAGUAUCGUGCGGGUGAAAAUCUUCGGAGAUUCCCAAUUAAUUAUUAAUCAAGUGGCUGGAAUUUUCAAAGUUCUCAAACCUGAGCUCUUGCCUUAUCACGAUAGGGCAAUGGAGCUCUUGUGUUUGAUCCCUGAAGUGACUUUAGUUAGAGUUCCUCGAUCUGAAAAUGGUAGAGCGGAUGCACUAGCUAAACUUGCUAAGGAGUUGGCUAACCCGAAUGGAAACCCGGUGUCGAUUGUUGUCCAGUAUCGACAAGCCUUGUGUCCCGCGGACUUGUCUUCUCCCGAUCAGACCCUCACAGUCUGCGCUGUUGAGGAAGAGUCAGAUUGGAGAGUCCCUUUUGUGGAAUACUUGAAGCGUGGUAAGCUUCCGGAUGAUCGCUCUCUUGCCGCUCAGAUUAGAAAGAGAGCUUUGUCCUUCUCCUAUAUGAAUGAAACUUUGUACCGACGCUCUUUUGACCAAAUGUGGUUGCGUUGCCUCAACAACGAGGAGGCUCGUAAGGUCAUGGGCGAGGUACAUGAGGGACUUUGUGGUGCUCAUCAGUCCGGACCUAAGAUGAAGGUCAGAAUUAAACGCCUUGGUUAUUAUUGGCCGACGAUAAUCCGUAAUUGUAUGGAACAUGCUAUGGGUCCUAUUGACCCUCCUUCCUCUAAGGGUCAUAGGUUUAUUCUGGCUGCUACUGAUUACUUCUCUAAGUGGGCAGAAGCUAUCCCGCUUAAGAAAGUCAAAUCAGAAGAUAUGAUGCGCUUCUUCCGCGAUCAUGUUGUCUACCGUUUUGGUAUUCCGCGUUGUAUAAUUUCGGAUAACAGUCCGUCUUUUAGAAGCACCAAGAUUGCUAGAUUUGCCCGCCGUCAUAACAUAAAUUGGCGGUAUUCCUCGAUUUACUAUUCUAGGGCUAAUGGUUUGGCUGAAGCAUUCAAUAAGACCUUAGUCCAGUUGAUAAGAAAGAUUCUUGUGGCGAAUAAAAGAGAAUGGCACGAUAAAUUACCUGAAGCAUUAUGGGCCUAUAGGACUACAUACCGUACUCCUACUCAGUGUACAUCAUAUGCUUUAGCUUUUGGAGUUGAAGCUGUCCUCCCACUAGAGGUUGAGCUCCCUUCGUUGCGUGUAGCAGUUAGCCACAAUUUGCCCCACGAGGAUAAUGCCCGACUCCGGUUGGAAGAACUUGAUGGUUUAGAGGAGCUUCGGUUACAAGCUUAUCAGAACCUUAAGUUGUACCAGGCCCGUAUGGCCCAGGCACAUGAUCGCCUCGUCCGACCCCGUGCUUUUCAG